UUUUGGUUUUGCAAAGAGUUAGUGUGAGAAAAUGCCAAGAAAUAAUCCUCAACAACAACUAAACUUAAUCGAAACAAUUAAUGAUGUUAAUGAUGAUAUGGAUGAUGAUGAUUUGACAAAAAAUCGUUGGAAUUGUCAAAUAAUGAUUAAUGAUUCAAAUUCAAACAUAAUACUAUUCCAAAUUCGUUUACAAUCAACUGCGAAUAGUUUAGAUUUUCUAAUACCAAUAUCAUCGAUACGUGAUGAAAGAUCGAAAGAUUUCCUGCAAACCAAAUUAUAUUUCCGCCGUAAUGAACAAUAUUUUAUAAGAGAAUUGGAUUGGAUUAAUAAUAUCACUAUUGGUCUUUGGGAAGAUCCAACAUUAUUAACAUUAUUUGAUCAUUUAUUUAGAAAAAUUGUUUCCAUUCGUUUUAUGAUGUAUGAAGAUGUUAAUCAUUUUCGUCGCCGUAUCAAUCAUGAUCGUUUUACAUUAGUACCAUGGGAUGAAUGGGAAAUUUGUCAAAGAGUUGGUGCUUGUCAAUGGAAUCAUUUCAAACGUCAAUUUUAUCAGGCAAAACUUCGUUGGCCACAAUAUGUUGUCAAUAUGGCCUAUAUUAUGAGAGGUAAUUCAUCACCAUAUGAUGAUCCGGAAAUUGAAGAGGAUCGUAAACGCAAAGAUCGUAUAUUAGUUGAAUUAGUUAUUGUAGUUUAUAAACAAUUUAAAGCAAUACAAAGAGCAAAGAAAACUUAAUAAAAUUAAAAAAUUUAUUCA